AUGGCUCUAGCAACGCUACUGCUGAUUGUCUUGGUGAGAAAUCCAUUCAUUGUGGCACUGGCAGCUGCUGCUCCAGCAUUUUUUGUGUUUGGAGACUCGAGCGUCGACACGGGGAAUAACAAUUUCAUCUCAACUUUGAUCAAGGCCAAUUCUCUGCCUUAUGGUAUGAAUUUCGAUCCACCAGCCGAGUUUCUUGAUCUUCCGUACCCUGUCAACUUCUUAGAUCCCGGUGUUUCGCCUUGGAAUCUCUUGAAGGGUGUCAACUUUGCAGCAGCAGGGGCUGGACUACUUGACAGCACUGGCUUCUCGCGAGGAGUGAGAUCAUUCACAAAGCAAAUCAAAGAGUUUCAGAAGGUGGUGAAGGUUCUGGAGUCUCUGGCUGGCAAAUCCUCUACGCUGGAUCUGCUUUCACGGUCGAUUUUUCUAAUUAGCUUUGCUGGGAAUGACUUGGCAGCCAAUUAUCAGCUGAAUCCAUUCAGGCAGAUGUUUUACAACCUCACACAAUUCGAGUCGCUGCUUAUAAACCAGAUGUCUCGUUCGAUCCAGACUCUUCAUGCUUAUGGAGCUCAAAAGUUUAUCAUCGCUGAUAUUCCACCUCUGGGAUGCACUCCUGUGGAGCUCAUACUGCACGGAGCAUGCAAAGGAAGAUGUGUUGCAAGUGUUAACGAGCAAAUUCGGAGCUUCAACUCAAAGACAAGUGUUUUCUUUUCCAAGCUCAGAGCAGUGCUCAGGGACUGUGAUUUUCUACACCUUAAGAGCUACACUAUUGUACAAAGGAUCUUGGAGAAUCCAAGCACUCAUGGACUAAGGCAUGCCAGUAGAGCUUGUUGUGGAAAUGGUGGCCAUUACAAUGCCCUUGGACCUUGCAACUGGUUCAUAUCUUCCGUAUGUGAAGAUCCAGAUUUAUAUGCCUUUUGGGAUAUGGUUCAUCCAACUCAAGCUCUCUAUAAGCUUGUGGCCAACGAAGUCAUCUUUGGAUCCCCAAACUCCAUCUAUCCUUUCAAUCUAGCACACCUUGUAUCCAAUAUGCCACAAUAGCAAUGUGUAU